AUGUUUCCCGAAUCGGUUUCUAAACAGAAUGCUGUCACAGGUUUCGAACCCCUUCCAGAAAAACGAAAAAACCGUGCGAGAUGCGUAUCCAUAGUAAUAUGUGUAUUUACAACUACAUUGGUAAUCGCGUUCUCUACCGUCGAUCGAACCAUGGACGAGUACUACCCUGAUACAACUCAGAAAAAUACAACAGAUGUUUGCUACAGAAAGUGGAAGUCAGAUAAGUUUGACUUGCUCGCAACCGCGUUGGGCUUAUUUAGUAUCGUACUCGGCGUGUUGGUCGAUCGCUUGACGCUUAUUGCCGAAGAACGCCAUCAUCUACAUCAACGCUACGACGGAAGUUGCGAAAAGAUGAUCAAAGCUUGUUUCAGUGGAAUCUCAUGGGGUCUAGUAAUCGCUUUGCUUGGUUUAGCCGCGAUAAUUGUCGUUAUUCGUAUCAUCACAACGGGUAUGCCGCGGUUUGAGCUAAGAUAUCUUGUGUAUAUUUGCAGCGGAAUCGGCGUGGGCCCACUGAUAAUGCACUUGCUCAGUCUCAACACAAAAUCCGAGGUUCAUAUUUCUACAAUUCUCGAGGAAAAAGGGAUGUUUGUGGCCAACGGACUCGCGUGGUCCUACUACUUUAACUAUCUUCAACAAGCACUGCCAAAAUUUAAUGAAACAAUUAACUGCUCCUUUCCUGUUCCAUAUGAACACAUUAGACUGUCCUUAGAUAAACUGCUGUUGCUCAUACCACUAGAUGGCUACGUGAAAGGCGACUUGAAAGAAGUAGACGGAAAAAUUGAAAAGUUAUUCGACACUGGGAAUGAACAGGACCCUUUCCAUUUCCCUGUUUAUCGCUUAACACUCAGCGACCGUGAACACAAAUAUUUUGCCAUGCAAUACGUCAAAGAACCUUUAAACAUUUUGAGAGAAGUGAGCACAUUGCCGGAACAGGAAAAUGCUGUGCUGAAAAGACAACCUUGUAUUAAGAACGAAGUAAAAUUGCUUUACCGAAUGUUGUAUGGAAUAUUGAAAGAUCAAGUAGACCAGAAUUUCAGAGGGACGUGCAUACUCGUACCUAUAGGGAGUUCGGAUGGUUUAGAAAACGGAGGACUAGUAAGACUUAUCAUGAACAGAGUGCAACAUUCAUGCACACAAGUUAAAAGUGCUCCUGUGUUUGUGAGACAGAAAGACGAUGCAAGGUUGUUUGUUGGUGAAAGUAGAUCAUCCACGUUCAUCGUUGAAAAUGCACAAACCCUCAAGAUCGGAGGCUUAACUCAUCAAGUCAACAUCAAUGGCGAGCAACAACGAAAGGGAACGAGGUCUGACUCUGAGACAACAAACGGACACGAUAAUGAGAGAAAUGAUAAAAAAGAAAAAGGAGGGAAAAUUUUGAGAGUAAGGUAUAAAAACAAAAAAUCCGAGAUAGAGCUACAGGUAAUGAUCCUAUCAGAGAAUCUUGAACAUCGUGAGCCUGAAGUUAAGCCAUUCGCACAAGAGGAACCAGCAAAGGGGAACCAGCAAAGUUGUCAGGAUGAAUAUUCUUCCAAUGAGGAGUUAUACGUAUUAGAUAUCUAA